UCCCAAAUUUGACUGUAGCAACGGAAGCACUUUCUCUACAGCCCGGAUGCUAAGCCUUCAACAAAAAGAACCAAGGAACAAUAAGGAAGAAAGUGUCCAUAACCGGGUUUAAAGACAGCAACGCCCUGGCUCCUAUAUCGUCGUAGAAACUAAACCACAUUGGCAACGUCUGUAUUUUUGGUGUUUUGGUCUGCAAGCAAACGGAAAAACGAAAUAGGAUCGGGCAUCAUCAAGCACCAGGAAAGAAGAACUUUGCCUGCAUGUGAAAGCACAAGUCUUUUCAGCCAACAAUGGCCAACAAUGCAGAGGAUAUUGAGAACAAUAUGGCAAACGAGGCUCCCCGGCCCUCGGAGCCUGAGGUGACUGGGGUGAGGUCCCGAGGGGGGGGAGGAGGAGGAGGAGGAGGGGGGGGGGGGGUCGGAGAACACAACGGCCAGCCCCCUGCCGCCGCCGCCGCGCCCCCCCCCCCGCAGGUGGUGGAGAACGAGGACGACGAGGACGAGGAGCUGACGCUGAAGUACGGGGCCAAGCACGUCAUCAUGCUGUUCGUCCCCGUCACGCUCUGCAUGGUGGUGGUCGUGGCGACCAUCAAGUCCGUCAGCUUCUACACGCAGAACGAUGGCCAGAGACUCAUCUACACACCCUUCCCUGAGGACACGGACACGGUGGGCCAGCGGGCCCUCAACUCCAUCCUGAACGCCACCAUCAUGAUCAGCGUCAUCAUAGUGAUGACCAUGGUGCUUGUACUGCUCUACAAGUACCGCUGCUACAAGGUGAUCCAGGGCUGGCUCUUCCUGUCCUCCCUGCUCUUGCUGUUCUUCUUCUCCUAUAUCUACCUCAAGGAGGUGUUCAAGACGUACAACGUGGCGAUGGACUACAUCACGCUGGCCGUGCUCAUCUGGAACUUCGGUGUGGUGGGCAUGAUCUGCAUCCACUGGCAGGGCCCCCUGCGGCUGCAGCAGGCCUACCUCAUCAUGAUCAGCGCCCUCAUGGCCCUCGUCUUCAUCAAGUACCUGCCUGAGUGGACCGCCUGGCUCAUCCUCGCUGUCAUCUCCGUCUAUGACCUGCUAGCGGUGCUGUGUCCUAAAGGGCCUCUGAGGAUCUUGGUGGAGACGGCCCAGGAGAGGAAUGAGCCCAUCUUCCCAGCCCUCAUCUACUCCUCGACCAUGGUGUGGCUGGUCAACAUGGCCGACACCGACAGACCCAGGAAGAACUCUGGUUCCGCCUCUCAGCCUGAGAGCCAGGCCCCAGCCACAACCCCAGCCUCAACCCCAGUCCCUGCCCCAACCUCAGCCCCAGCCCCGGCCCCAGCCUCAGCCCUGGCCAGUCCCUCCGAGGAUGAUGGUGGCUUCACCUCCAACUGGGUGGGGCAACAGGAGCACCAGCUGGGCCCGCUCCAGUCCACUGACGACACAAGGAGAGAGGUCCAGGAAAUGCCCUCCGCCCGCCCCCCCAUCGACGACGACGACGAGGAGAGGGGUGUGAAACUGGGCCUGGGAGACUUCAUCUUCUACAGCAUGCUGGUGGGCAAGGCCUCGGCCGCGGCCAGCGGAGACUGGAACACCACGCUGGCCUGCUUCGUGGCCAUCCUCAUCGGCCUGUGCCUAACCCUGCUCCUUCUGGCCAUCUUUAAGAAGGCCCUGCCCGCCCUGCCCAUCUCCAUCUUCUUCGGCCUGGUCUUCUACUUCGCCACGGACAAUCUGGUGCGGCCCUUCAUGGACCAGCUGGCUCUCCACCAGUUCUACAUCUAGCAGGAGAUCUCUUAGGAGAGAGAGAUCUCCUAAGAGAUACCCCCCCCCCCCCCACACACACACACACACACACACACGCACGCUCAGGCCACACACACCAGAGCCCCCCCCCCCUCCCCCUGACACUCCCGGGUCAAAGGACAAUGUAGGGGGCUCAUCCAGCCCCCCUCUGAUGAACUCAUGGACCAGAGCUGUUUUCAUUAGUUCUGUCUGUAUCUGGGCUUGGAGUGGGCCCCAGCCUGCCCCUCCUCCAUCCUCACAGCAACUCUUGUGCUUAACCAUGAUGAUUGAUUUUAUUUUAUUUUUUCAUCUCGAGUGAUGACUUUAUCCUGUAAAGUUUCUGGUUGCCAUUGUCAUCAGACGGGAACUGGGUACUGGAGGGGGGGGGGGGGGGGGGGGUACUGCAACACAGAGUUGUCGUGGCAAUGGUCCUGGGCACAUUUCAGAGACAGACACCGAAAUAACUUCUCACCUGACGAGCACCCUCCCACCACCACUCCCCCCUCCGAGAGGAAGUCCGAAUCAACACGAUGUUUAAGCCUUAGAGACGCAAUUAUGGACUUUAAUGUGACACGAUGUAUUCUAUGAUGAUAAUGAGGAUGACGAUACUGGUUAAUGUGUUUGAAUUGUGUUUGAAAUGUCAGUAGAGAGAGAGCUCGCUUCGUCUAGCUUUCGAAGAACCGAGUCUUUUCACUCACAGGAGUCUUUUCACUCACAGAUGCUCAGCAUGAAUCUGAAGCCCUGUGAACAUGUCAUCAUGGAUCCCCACUAUGGUUUGUGCUAAACUCGAUGCUUUGAAGCGUUUUGUGGGUCGGAGGAAAUGAUAGGUCUGUAAAUCAUCUGUCCUUCUCUGGAGCAGUGUCAGAGCACCACACCCGCUUCAUAAUCAUCUUUCUGCUGCACACCAUAAGCUUUUGUACUUUCAAGAAAUGCAGAGGUGAAACUUGCUGAAUUGGGUUUCAUGAGAAUGACACACUUUUCCUGGCUUCUCUAAAUAGAGAUUAUCCUGUCUGGCAAGAAGAGACUAGCUGCGCCAAUUAACUCUUUAUUAUUGCACUCUUAUGGAUGGCUUAGUGUCCGCUCUGUCGAGGAGGGAAACUACACUGUUCUGAGCCUGUUUUUGCUUUUCUGUUUCUGGAAAAUAUGUUGAGUGACUGACCUUUCUUCACCCCUCACAUGCAUAUGAACAUUAUGCAAAGUUAUUGAUUUGAAAUAUCUUUCUUUUUUUAUAAAUAAAGAAUUGAACAGG